AUGAAGACUCUGGCUCUCCUCUCUUCGCUUGCCCUCCUCCCCGGCACGCUGGGCGCGACCCUCUACCUGGCCGGAGACUCCACCAUGGCUCGAGCAGGCGGCGGGCACGGCACUGACGGCUGGGGCCAGUACAUCUCAUCAUCGGUCUCGGCCAGCGUCUCCAACAAAGCGAUGGCCGGCCGCAGCGCGCGCUCCUACACCCGCGAAGGCCGCUUCCAGGCCAUCGCCGACGUCCUCCAGCAGGGCGACUACGUGGUGAUCGAGUUCGGGCACAACGACGGCGGCUCGCUGUCGACCCGCCACAACGACAACGGGCGCACCGACUGCGCCGGCACCGGCGGCGAGACCUGCCGGACGGUGUACAACGGGGUGACGGAAACCGUGCUCACGUUCCCCAAGUACCUGGAGAACGCGGCGCGGAUGUUCCAGGCCAAGGGUGCCAAGGUGCUGAUCGCGAGCCAGACGCCCAACAACCCGUGGGAGACGGGCAGCUUCGCGUACGCCCCGUCGCGCUUCGUCGGGUAUGCCCAGUUGGCGGCGCGGGUCGCGGGCGUGGACUAUGUGGACCAUGGGGCGUAUGUGGCUGAUAUCUUGAAGUCGCUGGGCUUGCAGACCGUCGACUCGUACUUUCCCAAUGACCAUACACAUACCAGUGCCAAGGGUGCUCAGGUCGUCGCGAACGCGUUCCUCAAGGCUGUGGCGUGCAGCAGCGUCGCGCUGAAGGAUAUCUUGAAGACCACAGACUUUCAGGGGAAAUGUUUGUGA